AGAGAGAGAGCCGCUGAGAUUUGAGUUUGAACGAGUUUAGAUGAAACCGGUUAAUUCAGCAUAUGGUCAGAAAGAUGCCUCGCUCCUCGGCUGUUGAAGGAUCCCAACAACUGGCAGCAUACGUAUCAUGGGUGAAUGCGCAGUUGAAGAAGAAGCCUGGUUUGAAGCCUGUGACUGACCUGCGGCAGGACCUUCGAGACGGAGUGGUGCUGGCACACCUUAUUGAGAUAGUGGCGGGCGAGCUCUUGGUGGGCAUUCACUAUUUACCAAACGAUAUUCAUGAGCAGAGAGAGAAUGUGGAGAAGGUUUUGCAGUUUAUGUCAUCCAAGCGGAUACGCAUGCCUCAGACUUCUUCCCGAGACAUUGUGGAAGGAAACCUGAAAUCUGCUAUGAGACUCAUAUUGGCCCUGGCAGCACAUUUUAAGCCAUCUGCUUCAGCCAAUCACAAAGCAGGAGUUAGUGUAGGAAGAAAAUCAGCUGGUUUCUCAGCCAGUCACAGACCUCAUUCCACUAUGGCCAUGGCCCAGAAUGCAGCAGCAGCUCUGGCAGCUGCCCGACACGAUGCCUCUCGCUCAGGCCGCAGCGUCCUUCAUCUCAGACAAGACUGGCAAAGGCGAAGCUCCAGUGCUGAAGAGGAGAUUGAUAACUCAUGCUGGAGUGUGCGAGCCUUGGUUCAGCAGUAUGAGGGACAGAAAGGAGCAGAGGAGGAGGACCAAGAGGCAAUGGUUUCUAGCCUGAGCUCUUCUAGUCCCAUCCAUGAACCUGGCCUAUCAGAGGAGAAGGGACCACUUUUGGACAACCAAUUAGGAAAAACAGACCAUAUGACAAAACUGGCUUUUAUUGGGCCAGGAGCUUCCCAGGACCAUGAUGGGAGGUGUAUGAGGAGCUGUUCGUGGGAGGAUCAGCUAUGGGAACAGCAGGAACAGCUGGAGAGAGAAAUGGUGGAGGCCAGGAGAAUGGUGUCCAGCCUACAGGCUCUGCUUCUCCAUGGCACAACACCCGAUGAGGAGCAGGAUGUCUCCCUAAGUUUGGGCGAGGGAGUGGAAAAUCCAGAGCAACAACUGGUUAUAAUCCGCAGUCGUCUUGAUCAGAGCAUGGAGGAAAGCCAUGAACUAAAGAGGGAGCUGUUGAAGUACAAACAGGAGGCACGCAAUCUGCAAGGAGUCAAAAAUGCUCUCCAACAGCGGAUGGCAAUGCAGGAAACGUCAGUGUUACAGCUGAAACAGGAGCUCCUACGCACCAGCAUUAACCGAGACGAGCUGGACGGACAAAAUGCAGAGCUUAAUAGGAAGCUGGAAGAAAGAAACAGACUCCUCAGUGAAUAUAAGAAAGAGUCGGGACAGAAGGAUCGACAACUUCAGCAACUGCAGCUGAAGCUGGAUGAAGCGCUACACAAGUUGACUGCCAGCGACUGCCAGCAGGCUGACCUGCAGAGGGAGCUGGAACACAAACAGACGAUGCUACAUGAGCAGACAGAUUCCGAGCAGAAUGAGCUUCUGGCCUUUCAGUGCAAUGGCUUCCCACAUCCAGCAGCAUCAGAGUUCAGUGCAACACGAUCACACAAAAAAACUGAAGAACUGCAGUUAGUGCGGGAGGCUCUGCGUAGUCUGAGGAACAGCUUCGGCGGUCAUGAUCCUCAGCACCAUACACUGGACACACUGGAGCAGGGAGUUUCCAGCCUUAUGGACCGUGUCUACACACUGGAGUCACGGCACAGGCAGGUGAAAAAGGUGAGAGGGAAAUCUGGACACAAGGCCACUCACACUGACAGAGACUCCUGGCCUUCCAGCACCAAACUGGUGCAUUCUCACAGCAGCCCUGCACUUAACUCCUCAGCUUACACCAAGGUCCUUUACUUCACAGAUCGCUCCCUCACACCCUUCAUGAUCAACAUCCCUAAGAGGUUGGGGGAGAUUACACUUCGAGACUUUAAAGUGGCUAUAGAUCGAGAGGGCACUUUUAGGUACCAUUUUAAAGCCCUGGAUCCGGAGUUUGGCACUGUGAAAGAGGAGGUAUUCCAGGAUGAGGCAGUGGUGCCAGGUUGGGAGGGCAAGAUAGUGGCCUGGGUGGAGGAGGAUCAUGAAGAGGGGAGGAUCUGACAGCACCGCCACUUAAACCCCACUGAUAUGAAAUAGAAGGGUGACCAGGACAGUGCCAAUCUGUAUAAAUAAAUGUCCCAGUGUUAAACGUUCAGGUGCUGUACAGUCCACUCUAAAUACCUCUUUGGCCUACCUAGGUUUUCCCUGUUGGACUAAAGCAAAUGCAGGAAUACAGAAAACCCAGAAAACCCUGGGGCCUAUUAAAUCGGCACUAUUCCUCCAGGAUCUUCUGAUCUCAACACAGCCUGUUCGGCAGUGACCAAACUGUGGAGCCACUCCUGAAUUAUCACCGUAAUACAGACAUCCAUUCUAAAUAGACUGUCAGAGUCUAACCAAAAAAAUCUGUGAAGCUUUGAUUCUCAAGUGUCCUAUUUAAUAUGUGGGAACAGUCUGAGAUUUGAUUAAUUUGCAGUUGAAAGAGAGAAGCUUGUUUACACAGGUCUGCGUAUGUUAGUGUAAGUGUACGAAGCUGAUGUAGCUAGCAAGUAAUGAAAAGUCUUUAUUCCAAAAUCUUGUCUUUAAAUACAUGUUAACACAGUUUUCAAACAGCAUUCAUUCAUUAAGUGAAGCGACACGGACUUGAUGUAGUUUAGGGCACAAUAUGACUUACUUGCUUUAAUAAGCAUAACGUUUUUCUUGUAGCUGAACAUUAUCGACUCCAGCGUCCAAAAGAUGGAGCAGAGAAUUAUACCAGAAUUAUGUUUUAAAUUGUAUCACAGAAUUUAUCAUUUAAAAUUAAAUGAGUAAAUAUGGACUAUAGACAAAAUUACAUUAAAUUGCUUAUUUAAUAAAUGAAAAAAAUGUAGCUACAUAAGUGCUAAAAAACAAACAUAGUUACCCAAAACAGGUUUGGAAUUGGUUAGAUGUGCUGUGCUGGUGUGUAUGGAAAAGGAUGCAAGGGAAUUUAUAUUUAUAAAAUGUCCCAACAUCUUUGAAAAUAGGGUUAUGUGAAGGUGGCAGUUGUAUUCAUUUAAAAUAAAAUUAUAAUGAUGACCAAUCCUGAUUUAAGACCUACACCUCACAGCAGAAUGAAGUUUGUAUGUUCAGGAUGGGUUAGGGUUUGUCUUGUCCUAAGCAGUGAGCAAAAUCAGUGGCAGGGAAAGAUUUGAUCCUGGUUUCUGAAUUUCAGUACAGUUACAGGAAUAAUUGUGUAAAACAUCUUAUUUACACAGUGAACAUGGAUUUAUAGAGUAAAGUUCAGUGUAGAAUUGUUUGGGUUAAAGACUUGCAUUAUUAUGUGUUAGCAAUGUUAGCUUUGUAGCUACAAUGAGUGACCAUAUUUAGUCUAGAAAAAAAUAGUCAAUUUAAUUUUUCAACAAUCCCUUCAUUAACGUUUAAUAAUGUUUUUUUUUUUAUGUAUGUACGUUUCUGGUAUUUAUGAGUUAUAAAAGAUUUGUUGUAUUUAUUUAAAACCGCAGUUGGUGGGAUUUACAGUGGAGAACCAGAAUGUGCCUGAAGUGAUUUGUAUUUUAGAGAAAGAUCUAAGAUUUGUACACAGUUUAUCAUUUGAUUUUUUUUCUAUGUUUGUAAAUAUGUUUACAUUUCAUGAGAUGUGCAGAUUACUUUUAUAAAAAAACGAUUUAAGUUUUAUGAAUUAAAUGUCUUGAAGAAAUGAUUGUUUUCUGAAGAGGUGUUUAUUGUAAAAUGUAUUUUUUGUACAGUUCAGUGUUGCACUUGAACCCUCAUUAACAUCAGUGUACCCACUAACAACUUCAACGAUCAGAUAGUUUACGAUGAUGUUUUGGGGAGCUCUUUUUGUUGUUGCAAAUAAAAAAUAUAUUAACAUGUA